UUCUUUCCCACUUUCAUAGCCCAACUCAACUACUCAACUUCCUCGCUCCCUCACAAUAAACACACACAGAGUCACAAAGAGAGAGAUGGGAAGAUCGAGUGCUCUAGCAAAUUUAGCAACGACGCUCCUCUUUUGCCUUGCCAUAUGUUCCUACACCAUCUCAAUUAGCUCAGCCCAAACACCGACCGACACCCGGUUCAUAAGAACAUCAUGCAGUAAAACCACCUACCCACGCCUGUGCUACACCUCCCUCUCCAGCCACGCCAGCCUCGUCCAGACGAGCCCCAAGCUCCUCGCCGGCGCCGCCCUCACUGUGACCCUUGACAAGGGGCGCUCGACCUCAGCCAUGAUGGCGACGCUGUCCCGGGCCCGCAGGAUGAAGCCAAGGGAGGUCAGGGCGAUACAGGACUGCAUCGAGGAGCUGAGCAGCUCGGUGGACGAGCUGAGGCGGUCCAUCGACGAGAUGGGCCAGCUGAAGAGGUCCUCCAACUUCGGGCUGAUCAUGAACGACGUGCAGACGUGGGUGAGCGCUGCCCUCACGGACGAGAACACGUGCUCCGACGGUUUUGCCGGGAGCAUGAUGAACGGCAAUGUGAAGACGGUCGUGAGGAAUGAGAUACUGACCAUCGCUCAUCUCACCAGUAAUGCUUUGGCCUUGAUCAAUCGCUACGCCUCGCUUCAUGGCUAAUGCCUAGAGCUACAUAGCCAUGACCGUAAUUGUUACUUGUCAAUCAUGCCCAGCUAGAUACAUAGAGAAGGUAUAUAAUCGAUUGGGACCUGCACUAUAUGAUUGUGAAACUCUAGGUGUCAUGUCGUUUAUCUAUAAGAUCUCGACGGAGCCGCCGGAUUAAAAGAGUUGAUGGCGGCGGUUCAGGCAGCGAUAAGAUGCAUGAGAUUAAUUUUGUUUCUA